CCCAAUCCUUGAGUCCCUUUCCGCCGCCCCUCUUCCGCGCGCCAUCUUGUCCCCACAACUCGGCGUAACAGAACGCUUCGCGUGCGUCUUCCAACAUCACAGAGAAUAAUAGUCAAAAACUAUCUAAAAUAAAAAUCGAAUGAAUUAAGAGACGUCGGUCCGCCACUCGCGCGCCUCGUCGGACGUGUUGCCGCUUUAUUCGUUAGGGGCAACGGUCAUUUUCUUUCGUUUUGUAUUUUAAUGGCGUUGUGAAGGAACUGCCAUGGCGGUUAGUCAGCAGCAACAACAGCAGCAGGCCGUGAGCAAACCGGCCGGCGGGAAACACGGCAACGUUUUGCCGUUAUGGGGCAACGAGAAGACUAUGAACCUCAACCCGAUGAUCCUGACGAACGUCCUGUCAUCGCCCUACUUCAAGGUCCAACUGUACGAGCUCAAGACGUACCACGAGGUGGUUGACGAGAUCUACUUCAAGGUCAACCAUGUGGAGCCAUGGGAAAAAGGCAGCAGGAAGACUGCGGGGCAGACGGGAAUGUGCGGAGGGGUUCGAGGAGUCGGGACGGGUGGAAUCGUGUCCACUGCGUUUUGCUUGCUGUAUAAACUAUUUACACUGAAACUGACCCGCAAACAAGUGAUGGGUCUCAUCACUCACACAGAUUCGCCCUAUAUCAGGGCACUGGGCUUCAUGUACAUCAGGUAUACUCAACCUCCUCCUGACUUGAUUGACUGGUAUGAUGAGUUCCUUGACGACGAGGAGGAGUUGGACGUGAAGGCUGGAGGAGGGUGUGUAAUGACUGUCGGAGAGAUGCUCCGCUCCUUCCUGACCAAGCUGGAAUGGUUCUCAACAUUGUUCCCACGAAUACCUGUUCCUGUGCAGAAGGCAAUCGACCAGCACAUGAAGAGCCGACCACGUAAACCUCCGCAAAGAGAUGAGCAGGAGGAGGAGGAGGAGGCGGCACCGGCAACUGAUUCAACAAGGCAUGGAGAUAGGCGCCGUUCCAGGACACCUAAGAGAAGUCCGAGUCCUAGGAGAUCCCAAAAUCGUUCCCGGAGUCGCAGCCAUCACAAAGAAAAACAUGGUGCAAGCUUCGACCGUGAACUGGAGAGAGAACGAGAUCGUCAGCGCAAAGAAAGGGAGGGAAAGGACAGGGAUAGAGACAGGGACCGAGAGAGAGACAGGGAGAGAGACCGAGAUAGACGACGUUCCAGAACACCAGACCGACCCACAGAACGUCGACGCAGCCGUAGCAGGGAACGACGCCGGAGUCACAGUGCCAGCCGGGAGAAGCGGAAUGAGAGGAAAGAUCGAGAUAAAGAGAGGGAGGCAGAGAGUGAGAGAGAGCGGAGUCGCAGGAAAGACAGAGAUCAUCAUAAAGAUCGGGAGAGGUCAAAAGACAAGAGAAGUAAGGGAGAGGGAGAAGAGAGGAGGCACAAGGAAGAUAAGGAGGAUAGAAAGCACAGGGAAGAAAAGAGGAGUAAGCGCUCAAGGAGCAGAAGCAGAGACAGGAAACACAAAACCGAGCGAUCUAGCAAGAAACGCUCUCGCUCAGGCAGCAGGAGCAGGCAGGAAGCAGGGGAGGAGAAGAACAGGAAGCGGGAACGCAGCCAUAGUAAGGAGCGGUCACACAAGCGCAGUCGCAGCAAAGAUCGCCUGCACCGUCGAGAAUCCAGCAAUGGACGAGAACAUGUAAAACAAGAACGCCACAGUCCCGAACCAGGUGAAAGAACAAACAGUGUUCGAGCGGAGUCUCCCUGAUCCAAGUCUGUCUCCAUCUCCUCUCUCUCAGAUUCCCUCUGCACCUUUAUUCCAGUCCCUCUCUUAUUACUUCAUGUCCUUAUAUAUAAUCCUCUUGUGUGCCACUUGUGUUGAAGUAAACAAAUGGAAAAGCCUGGAUUUUUUUUUAUAUCUUUUUUUUUUUUUUUUUUUUUUUUCUGCACUGUUGUCCACCACCUGUGUAGAUAUUAAAAAUGCCAUUUCCUCUCAGUUGCCCAUUACUGAUGUCUGGACUGAAAAUGGCGUUUUAAAAUCCUUUUUUAAAUCCAUUUUCUCCCCCAAUUUGUUUUCAGGUUUCUCACAAAUGGCUUUGUACAUAGAGCUCAGAGAAUGUUUUAAAUUUCAACAGAGUGACCACAGAGUUGAAUUUGUGCACAGGCUGCUGAAAGCUGUGCUGACAUUAUGCUGUUUAAUUCAUUGCUCUGUUGCAUCUCGUUUUCUAAUAAAAUUCUUGUAUGGAACAUAA